AUGCCUGCUGCGGUCGCUGUGCUCGACGGCGGCCUGGGCACCUCGCUGCAGGAUAAAUACGGCGUAGUCUUUGACGCCUCCACCCCGCUGUGGGCGUCGCAUCUGCUGGUGAGCGACCGCGCAACCCUGCUCGCGUGCCAGCGCGAUUUCGCCUCGGCCGGCAUCGCCGUGCUGCUCACGGCCACAUACCAAGUGUCUGUCGAGGGCUUUGCGCGCACAAAGACGCCCGACUUCCCCCAUGGCAUUCCGCGCGCUGCCAUUGCGCCCUUUCUGCGCACUGCGUUGGACGUGGCCAGUGCUGCUGGAAGCACUCGCCGUACCGAAAUCGCCCUCAGCCUGGGCCCCUACGGCGCCUGCAUGAUCCCCAGCCAGGAGUACAGUGGCAAGUACGACGCGGCACAUGACAGCGAGGAGGCUCUGUAUCACUGGCAUCGGGACCGGCUGCAGCUCUUCGUCGACGCCGACGACCAGCUGGCGGACCGCGUGCAGUACAUUGCCUUCGAGACGCUGCCGCGGCUCGACGAGGUCCGCGCCGUGCGGAGAGCCAUCCACGCGCUGCGUCUGACUAGCACUCCCUUCUGGAUCUCGUGUGUCUUCCCCGGCGAGGCUGGCGACGACGCUCUGCCGGACGGGAGCUCGGUCGAGCAGGUCGUCACGGCCGCCAUGGCGCCCAUGCAGGACGGCGCGAAUCCUUGGGGGAUAGGGAUUAAUUGCACUAAAAUAGUAAAACUGCCGGGACUCGUCGAGCGACUGGGUUGCUGUAUGCGGAAAACCGUCACCACUACGUCCGGCCAACUUCCGACGACCCUGGUGUUGUACCCGGACGGCACCAACGGAGAAGUCUAUAAUACGACGACGCAGCAAUGGGAGAAGAAGAAGGACCAGGGGGAUGGCGCAGAUGCGGUAGGGGAAAGAAAGUGCUCACGAAAUGCUCGACAAUGUGUGCUAACUUUGGGUGAUGGCAGGAUCCGUGGGAAGUCCAAUUGGCUACGGUGGUGCGUGAUGCCUACGCACGAGGCCCAUUUCAGUCCUUCCUCGUCGGCGGGUGUUGCAAGGCUACGCAUGAGGAUAUCCGGAGGCUGCAUGGGCAGUUUAACAGUUCAAAAGUUCAAUGAGAGCGUGUGA